GAAGUACCUAUUCAUUUUGCCAUGAAGCAGAACGGUAUAAUAAGAUAAUAUACUCACUUUGUUAUUCACCACUAAUUUGCAGCAAUGAGGCUUAAAUUAUUGCCAAUGCCGUGCUAUUAUCAGCCCUAGCGUAUCUGGGAAGAUAAGGGACAAUCUGGCACUAGUUUUAUUAGAAUUUGUAGAGAAAAAUGUUAAGGCAAAUUGCCGCAGUAGGUUGGCAUAGAAUGCUCAUCGCUUUCUUAGCUAUAUGGUUAUUAAUUUUGGUGUUAACAGCUUUUCCUAUGUUAAAUACCAAUGUCACCAAUUAUGAAGUCAGAACAGCACAAAGGUUAUCCAGAGCCCUGUUAGACUUGGAAGUACUGCGUAAACAAAAUGAAGAACUGCAAGACCUCUUUAGGGAUAUUAGAAUAAACAAUUUAAGUGAUGAUCAGAAGGAGGCCAUUGAAAACUUUCAGAAGAGGUUAACGAAGGCGGAUCAGUACAGAAAGCAAGAUUUAGGGUACAUCAGUCAAAAAAGUGAGCCAAAUACCAAUUAUGAGCUCCUACGAAGAAGAAUUUAUACCAAUUCUAAAGAGUUUUGGAAUUAUCUUCAUUCAAACUUUGUGGAGAUUCAAAAAAAAGCAAGUGAUAUUGCCCCAGAUGUUGUUGAUCUGGUAAAUCAAGUGUUGAAGUUGGGCAUCGAACAUAAAAGGUCAUUGCUUCAUGAUAUUGAGGAGAUUGCAGAAGUGGAUGGUUACAAGGAGUGGAGAGAACAAGAGUUUCACAAUUUAAGCAAUCUUGUCCAGACUAGAUUUAAGAAUUUGCAAAACCCAAAAGAUUGCUCAAUUGCUAGAAAAUUAGUUUGUAGUUUAAAUAAGGGUUGUGGUUACGGAUGUCAACUUCACCAUGCUGUAUAUUGUUUUAUGGUAGCUUAUGGCACUAAGAGAACGAUGGUACUGAAAUCAAAGGGGUGGAGGUACCAUAGAACAGGCUGGGAAGAUAUCUUCAAGCCACUCAGCGAGACAUGUACUACUCCUGAUGGAGAAAGCAUAUCAAACUGGCCAGGAAACCUGGAGACUCAGGUUCUGAAUCUUCCAAUAAUUGACAGUUUGUCUCCUAGGCCCCCAUUCUUGCCCCUGGCAAUACCGGAGGAUCUGGCGCCGAGACUGAUCAGAUUACAUGGUGAUCCAAUAGUGUGGUGGAUAGGACAGAUACUGAAAUACCUAUUGAGACCUCAACAAAAAACCGCCGCCAUGAUUGAGGAAACAAUGACAAAAAUGGGAUUCCAAAAGCCCAUUGUUGGCGUCCACAUUCGACGCACCGAUAAGGUCGGCACCGAAGCAGCCUUCCACAAAUUGGAGGAGUACAUGGUCGAAGUUGACGAGUAUUUUAAUCAGUUACAAAUACAACAACCAAUUGAUAAGAGGCGUGUUUAUUUAGCCUCUGAUGAUCCCAAAGUGCUUAACGAAGCUAGACUCAAAUAUCCACAUUAUGAUAUUAUAGGAGAUCCACAAAUAUCUAAGACUGCCUCUAUAUCGUCCAGAUACUCAGAUGUGUCACUGUCUGGCAUAAUACUAGACAUUCAUAUGCUGUCGAUGACUGAUUAUCUGGUGUGUACAUUCUCAUCACAGGUGUGCCGUGUUGCAUAUGAAAUUAUGCAAACCUAUCAUCCUGAUGCUUCUGGAAGGUUUAGGUCUUUAGAUGACAUUUAUUACUAUGGAGGUCAGAAUCCUCAUAAUGUUGUAGCUGUUCUAUCUCAUGAACCUCAAAAGCAUGGAGAAAUGAUCGUCAAUAAAGGUGAUAUCAUAGGUGUAGCAGGAAACCAUUGGAACGGUUACAGCAAAGGAAGGAAUCUUCGAACAAACCAGAUCGGUUUGUAUCCCAGUUUCAAAACAAAAGAUAAAAUUGAGACUGCAAAAUUUCCGACGUAUUCGGAAUUCGUCAGUCAAAGUCAUAAAAAUAUCGAUCAAAAAUGAUGGUUCUAGUCGAUGAAAACAGGUUCCAGAUGCCAAUCAACAUAAUUUGUUGUUUAUUAGACUACUUGCUAUAUGUUAAUGGUGUUUUUAUCCUUCAGAAGUGGGAUAAGUUUAAAAUGCAUGUAGCUCAGUAAAUGUAAAAAGGGCAAAUAAUUUGGUGUAAUUUGAUUUCGACAUUCCUUAACUUAUUGUAAAGCUUCACUUACAAAACAACACUAAGAGUGAUAUCUUUUUGACCUAAAUUUUACAUUUGCGAUAAAGUAAAUUAAGGAAUGGUGAAGUAUAAUACAUAUGUUAUAUAUUUUUAUUCCAUUCUAAUUUAAAGGUACAUUUUUUUUCUUUGUGUAGUGGCAUCCCCUGACAAUAAAAAAAUUAUUUUUUACUCUUCUUUUUAAUGUCAUUCGCAAUAUUUUAAAAUGUGAUAAAGAUUCAGUUGCAAUUGUUAUUAAUUGGAUCGAAGUAGUGUUAGUAUUCUAAUUUAGGUGCACACCCUUUUAUUUAUUUUAUGAAUAUAUCUUCAAACAAGAAUCUUUUUUGAUCUCUUUCAAUAUUUACGGAAACCAGUAGUUCGCAAUAUUUUGUUAUUUACGAAGUAAUCAACAUCCAAAGAUGGAUCCAAUCAAACCUUGUUUUUAUUUUAUUAUUAUUUUAUUUAUUCAAGUAUUUACCUACUUUCUAGAGGGCGUAAAAGAAAUAAAACGCUAUAAAACUCAAAUGGUUUCUAUUUUUUAGGGAAAGUUUUAGACCUACAUUGUUUUACGAAGGCGAUAACAUAUGUAUUCAUAGUAGCAAUCACGAUUUUAAAACAACCGAGUAUAUAUAUUAUUAUACUAUAUUAUUUAUAAUAAGAGAGUUAAUUAUGUUAAAAAAGUUGAGAAUUUUAAUUUCUGAAUGAGCUAGUCAAUAAGCUCUGUCAUAAUUGAAAAUAGGUUGCUGUAUUGUUUUCGGGAAUUGCAAGUGGCCAAGGGUUUAAACUUAUUUGUCGGUACCAUAAAUGAAAAGUAAGCCACAAACUAUUUUCUGCUUUAUUAAUUAAAAUGGCCUUUUCUAAUGCGGACAUGUGUGGAAAGCUUUCGAAGAAAAACCUCAAACCAUUAGAAGAAUACACUCAAUAUUAUAUAUAUAUUCAAAUUUUAAAGGUGUUUUAAGUUGAAUCAAUCAACUUGAAUAUCAAACUGUAUGACCUAUAGAUCCAUACCGGGCGUUAUUAGGUAGUCUGUUAUUUUGUCUUCGGAUUAGUUCGAAGAAACGCCAUAUACCAAAAAAGAAAGAUUUUUAACGAAACAAACAAAUGUAAGGUUUCGUAAAAUGAAUUGAGACUCAGAGGUAAUUUUUGGCUACUUUCACAUUUUUUCUAAGUGAUUUUCGUACGAUAUCUCUUAAUCUUCUGCAAUUCUGCAUUUUUCUACGCUGUGUUCACGAAGGGUAGGAUUAACAUAAUAUACAAGGUGAUAAUUUCUUUGGAAGUAAAUAAAUCAUUUAUACCGAA